AUGGGUCUUGGAGGUUCAGGUGGUUUAGUUGAUGGGGUGAGCGUGGAACUAAAGCAUAAUCACGGGAUUGAUCCGGCAAAUUCUAAGCUUGUGAAGGAGUACCGCAUGAAGCAAAUGACCUCCGAAUUGAAGAAGAGGCUUGUAGAUUUCUAUGAGCAAGGUGUACCAAUUUCUCAAAUACACAGUUGCAUGGCGACCGAACGAAAGGGUAACAUGGAUCUCACAGUAAAAGAUUUACAACAUGAGGUAUACAAGGCUAGGCGGUUAAAGAUGCUUGGAGGGGACUCAGUGGCAAUGAUGGAGAGGCUUAAGGAUGUGUUGUGGGUGGAUGCAAGAAGUAGGGUAGCUUAUGAGGACUUUGGUGAUGCGGUUUGCUUCGACGCAACAUACCUAACGAAUGAGUACGAGCUCCCAUUUGCGAACUUUGUUGGUGUGAACCACCAUGGGCAAUCGUUGUUGUUGGGAUGUGCUCUUGUUUCACAUGAAGACUGCGAUACGUUUGCGUGGAUAUUUCGACAGUGGUUAGCUUGCAUGAACAAUCGAGCUCUUAAAGCCAUAUUGACCGACCAAGCGGCAGCUAUGCGGAGGCCCCUUGCUGAAGUCAUGCCGAACACGGUGCAUCAUUCGUGCAUAUGGAAAAUCAUGAGCAAGAUCCCUGAGAAACUUGGCAAGUGUGCACUUUACAAAGAGUUCGUCAACCCCCUCAAAGAGCUGGUGUAUGAGAGCUUUGACCCCGACGAGUUCCAAACCCGAUGGGCAGAGUUUAUUGCUGAGUAUAAGUUGGAGGACAAUGAAUGGCUACAGAGCCUACGCAAAGAGAGUCGUAUGUGGGUGCCUGCGUACGUGAAGGAGUUUUUUUGGGCCGGUAUGAAGACCACACAAAGGGUGGAGAGCAUCAAUCGGGUUUUUUACGGCUAUGUGAACCGCAAAACAAAACUCCAUGAGUUUCCUCAAAAGUAUUGCAUGGCCUUGGAUCAACGCGUUCGAGAUGAACUGAGUGCAUAUGCACGUUGCUCGAAGUACCUUAGGAGGUUGGUUAGUGGAUUCAAAGUCGAAAAAAUAUUCCAAAAGUUAUACACGGACAACAAGUUUCAAGAAGUUCAAAAGGAGUGUACAAGAAUGAUGUAUUGCAACGUCCGUGGAGAGAAGGUUUUGUCUGAAAACCUUAUUCAGUAUUCGGGGGUCGAUCGUGUAUGGAUAGUACCUCCCGGUGCGAGUGAGGAUGUCAUUACAAACAGGCGAAGAACCUAUAAUGUUACUUUCUGUCCAAUGACAAAGGAGGUGCAGUGUGACUGUAGGAAGUUUGAGACAAGUGGCAUACUUUGCAAACACUGUAUUAGGAUUUUGGAUGAAAACUUGGUUGAAGAUCUACCAGAGAAGUACAUUGUAGACUGUUGGAGGAAAGACAUACCCCGGAAGCAUACUAGGGUGAAGGUGGCCUACCAUGAUCCGGGGGACACGGUAAAUGUGAAGAGAUUCAACAAAGUGAUGCGAAUAUUCGAGCCCUUAUGUGAAACUGCUGCCUUGGUGGACGAUCAAACGGUCCAUAUGGUAAUUGAAACACUAUCGAAGCUUCAAUUAGAUGUUAAUGAGCGUAGGGACAAGAAGAGUAAGGAAAUUGUUCCUGUAGUUAGUACAUUGUCAUCAGCCACUGAAGGCAGAACGUUUUUCUCAGUUAGGAAUCCUACUCCUGAUGCUACUGCCGUAGACUCCUGUCCAGCUGCCAUGGACCUUGUUAUCAAAGACCCUAUAAUUAAGAAAAGGAAAAGGGGCAGGCCUAAGGGUUCAAGGCACAAAACGUUAGCUGAAACUGGCUACAAGAAAACCAACACGAGUAAGAAGCCUAGCCUGCAUGCAGGAAAUGGUGUUGAGGAGGAUGCUGGAAGUGGUGGUGAGGAGGAGGAUGCAGCAGCAAAUGGUGUCGGGCAGGAUGCAGGUGUUGAGGAGGAGGAAAUGGUGUUGCAGGAUCUGUUAUUUAGGAGGAUGCAGGAAAAGGCAAGAAUGGCAGAACCCGGUAAGACAAAGGGGAAGACAACAAAUGCAGGAAAUGGUGUUGAGGAGGAUGCUGGAAAUGGUGGUGAUGAGGAGGAUGCAACAGCAAAUGGUGUUGAGGAGGAUGCAGCAACAAAUGGUGUUGGGCAGGAUGCAGGUGUUGAGGAGGAGGAAAUGGUGUUGCAGGAUCUGGUGUUUAGGAGGAGGAUGCAGGAAAAGGCUAGAAUGGCAGAACCUGGUAUGUCAAAGGGGAAGACAACAAAGGGGAAGGGGAAGGGGAAGGCAAAUACGUCUUCUCGGAAGCUACCUGUAAGUUUCAAUACUAAAUUUAUGUCAUUUCUACCUCAGUGA